AUGGGGCAGAGAUUGGCUCCCACCUUAGCUAUUUCAUUUAUGGCCAUAAUUGAAGCACCUGUUCUGGAACUACAUCCGUUGUUCUACUCUCGGUACAUUGACGAUUGUUUUGUCAUCUGCGCCACCCAAGCGGAGAUGGACAAAUGUUUUGACUUGUUGGACCGACAGUCCGAACACAUAAAACUUGCUAGGGAGAAACCACAGAGCAACUGGCUUCCUUUUUUGAACAUCCAGGUUGGCAUCUCAAACGGUAUGUACCAAACGAAAUAG